GCGCGGUGCACUCUGGGAGCUGUCACCAGGCCCUUCGGCUCCGGCCUCCUUGUAGCUGCCGCGGUUGCCAGGAGAGCGGCGCCGGCCGGGAGCGGGCAAGUCCAGGGCAGUUCUAGGAGGAAGUAGUUCAGUGAUAGAAUUCUUACCUUCCACGCGGAAGAUCCGGGUUCAAUUCCCAGCCAGUGCACCUCAAGCUCAGCCAACACCCAUAUGUCAGUGGAGGUUUGUGUGUUGCUAUGAUGCUGAACAUAUUUCAGUGGAGCUUUCAGACUAAAAUGGACUAGGAAGAAAGGCCUGGUGGUCUACUUCCAAAAAAUCAGCCAGUGAAGCCCUAUGGAUUACAAUUGUCCAUUCCCCUUGUUCAUGGGAACUUCGUGAAUUGGAGGCCAACCAGAUGGCAGCUAACAACAAAAUAGCAGGAAGAAACUCAUGGGUGGCUGUCUUGGAAUACUUCAUGUCUUUGCAUGCUAGCUGACCAGAGUUUCCAUCACUUCUAACUCAAGAGACACUUUAAAGUUAACUUUUAACUUUGUAGCCAGAUCAUCUGAACCUGUUUUAAUACUUUACAUUGUAACUUUGGUUCCUCCUGCAAACUGUUGUAGGUAAUGAUUUUACAUGACCUUCGAACUGGCCUCUAGUAGGAGUCUGUGGGAGGAUGAACACAGAAGAGGUGGAGUUAUUGAGUGACUCUAAAUACAGAAACUAUGUAGCUGCAAUUGACAAAGCACUGAAAAAUUUUGAAUACUCCAGUGAAUGGGCAGAUUUAAUAUCGGCACUUGGAAAACUUAACAAGGUUUUACAAAAUAAUGCAAAGUACCAGGUAGUACCUAAAAAGUUGACCAUAGGAAAACGCCUAGCUCAAUGUCUGCAUCCAGCGUUACCUGGUGGAGUUCAUCGGAAAGCACUUGAAACAUAUGAAAUUAUCUUUAAAAUCAUUGGACCUAAGCGACUUGCCAAAGAUCUUUUUUUAUAUAGUUCUGGAUUAUUUCCUCUUCUUGCAAAUGCUGCCAUGUCUGUGAAACCAACUUUGCUCAGCUUGUAUGAGAUGUAUUACCUGCCUUUGGGUAAAACACUAAAGCCAGGUCUACAAGGAUUGCUAACUGGCAUUCUUCCUGGAUUAGAAGAAGGAUCAGAAUACUAUGAGAGAACAAAUACAUUGUUGGAAAAGGUCGCUGCUGCAGUGGACCAGUCAGCAUUCUACAGUGCCCUCUGGGGAAGCCUUCUCACCAGUCCUGCAGUGCGUUUACCUGGAAUCACGUAUGUUCUCUCCCAUUUGAACAGGAAGCUUUCCAUGGAAGAUCAACUGUAUAUAAUUGGCAGUGAUAUUGAGCUAAUGGUAGAAGCAGUAAGUACUUCGGUACAGGACUCAAGUGUACUUGUACAGAGAAGCACACUGGACCUCAUACUCUUCUGUUUUCCAUUCCACAUGAGUCAGGCCACUCGACCAGAUAUGAUCAGGAUUUUGUCAGCAGCUCUUCACGUAGUACUAAGGAGGGAUAUGUCCUUGAACCGAAGACUUUAUGCAUGGCUUCUUGGUUUUGAUAACAAUGGUGCUGUCAUAGGACCCAGAAGCACAAGACACAGUAAUCCUGAAGAACAUGCCACUUAUUAUUUCACUACCUUUUCAAAAGAAUUGUUGGUCCAGGCAAUGGUGGGGAUCUUACAAGUGAAUGGAUUUGGAGAAGAGAGCACACUAAUGCAGGACCUAAAACCAUUUCGGAUUCUAAUCAGUUUACUGGACAAACCUGAGCUAGGACCUGUAAUUCUAGAAGAUGUCCUGAUUGAAGUGUUUAGAACAUUAUAUUCCCAAUGCAAAGCAGAACUGGAUCUUCAGAUGGAGCCACCCUUUAGCAAGGAUCAUGCUCAGUUAAGCAGUAAAUUAAGGGAAAACAAGAAAACAGCAGAGUUGAUUAAAACUGCCAACCUUCUGUUUAAUUCCUUUGAGCCUUAUUAUAUGUGGGAUUAUGUUGCACGUUGGUUUGAAGAAUGUUGUAGGAGGACACUGCACGCCAGACUUCAGAUUGGGCCUGGAGAUAGUAAUGAGUCAUCUGAGUUACAGCUGAUCAAUUUCUGCUUACUGGUGGAUUUUUUGUUGGAUAUAGUUUCCUUGGAGACUUACAUUGAAAUUCAGACAGAACACUUGCCUCAGUUGCUGCUCAGGAUGAUUUCAGCACUGACAAGCCAUCUCCAGACAUUGCACUUGUCUGAACUCACGGAUUCACUCAGGCUCUGCUCAAAGAUCCUUAGCAAGGUUCAACCUCCACUAUUAUCUGCUGGCACAGGGGGCGUGCUGCAGUUCCCAAAUGUGCAGAAGAACUCAGUCAAAGAAUGGGAAGACAAAAAGGUAUCAUCGGUUUCUCUUGAAAAUCCUACUGAAGUGUUUGAAGAUGGAGAAAAUCCACCAAGUAGUCGAUCAUCAGAGAGUGGAUUCACUGAGUUUAUACAGUAUCAGGCAGACCGAACCGAUGACAUUGACGGAGAACUGAGUGAGGGGCAGGGGACAGCUGCCAUCCCAAUUGGUAGCACAUCUUCCGAGACAGAAACAGCAUCCACUGUGGGAUCUGAAGAAACCAUCAUCCAGGCCUCUUCCAGAGUUAGUGAGGGGACAGCGACGCGAAGUGGGAAGACAGCCCAGAAGACUGCAAUGCAGUGCUGCCUGGAGUAUGUUCAACAGUUUCUAACCAGACUUAUCAACCUCUAUAUCAUUCAGAGUAACUCUUUGUCUCAGCUUUUGGCUACGGAGCAACAGGAUCUCAGUAGAGAGCAAGGAGAGACUUCAAAAUGGGACAGAGAUUCGCAUGGAGAUGUGAAAGAGAGAAACAUUGGUAAAGAAAAAAAUUCAAAAGAAUACCUUUCUGCCUUCCUUGCUGCCUGUCAGCUCUUUCUGGAGUGCUCAAGUUUCCCAGUUUACAUUGCUGAGGGGAACCAUACAUCAGAGUUGCAUUCUGAAAAAUCAGAGACUGACUGUGAACAGGUGCAGCCUCCACUCUGGCUCCAGACUCUGAUGAGUGCUUGCAGCCAAGCAAGUGAUUUUAGUGUUCAGAGUGUUGCUAUUUCACUAGUGAUGGACCUGAUAGGAUUAACUCAGUCUGUGGCCAUGGUUGCUGGGGAAAAUGUCAACAGCGUAGAGCCUGCACAACCCCUAAGUCCAAACCAGGGAAGAGUAGCUGUGGUUAUUAGACCACCCCUUACUCAAGGCAAUCUGAGAUACAUAGCUGAGAAGACUGAAUUUUUCAAGCAUGUAGCUUUAACAUUGUGGGACCAGCUGGGAGAUGGGACACCUCAGCACCACCAGAAGAGCGUGGAACUCUUUUAUCAGUUACAUAACUUGGUUCCUUCUUCUAGCAUCUGUGAGGAUGUUAUAAGCCAGCAGUUAACCCAUAAAGAUAAGAAAAUAAGGAUGGACGCACAUGCAAAAUUUGCAGUUCUUUGGCAUCUAACAAGGGACCUCCAUAUAAAUAAAUCUCCAUCUUUCGCACGUUCCUUUGACAGGUCACUGUUCAUCAUGUUAGAUAGCCUUAACAGUCUAGAUGGUUCUACUAGUUCUGUGGGACAAGCCUGGCUGAACCAAGUCCUCCAAAGACAUGAUAUCGCAAGAGUUUUGGAACCGUUAUUAUUGCUCCUGCUUCAUCCAAAAACUCAAAGAGUUUCAGUGCAGCGUGUACAAGCAGAGCGUUACUGGAAUAAGGCUCCAUGCUACCCAGGAGAGGAGAAUGACAAGCAUUUCGUGCAAAAUUUUGCCUGCGGGAAUGUAAGCCAAGUGCAACACAUUACAUCGAAAGGAAAUGGUGAAAAGCCGCUUACCAUGGAUGAAAUAGAGAACUUUAGUCUCACUGUUAAUCCAUUAAGUGACAGACUUUCCCUUCUAAGUACCAGCAGUGAGACAAUUCCAAUGGUUGUGUCUGAUUUUGAUCUUCCAGACCAACAGAUAGAAAUACUUCAGAGUUCUGACUCUGGAUGUUCACAUUCCUCUGCUGGGGAUAACUUGAGUUAUGAAGUGGAAGCUGAAAAUGCAAGUGCCCAGGAGGAAUCUCAGAUGCCAACGGCAAGCUCCCCAGAUGAUGAUGUUCAGCAGGUAGUGUCUGACCUCAUCUGUAAAGUCGUAAGUGGCCUUGAAGCAGAAUCUGCAUCAAUUACAUCUCAAUUAGAAAGUGAAGUUAUGACACCAAAGUGCAGUGCUUUAGAUAUGGGUGAGGAGACAAUCGAAAAUGAAGAUCAGUCCACUCAGCAGAGCCAGAGUGGUUUGCUGAGUAAUGAAAGUCCUCAGUUUCUGUCUGUGUCUGUGGAGGAAGGCUGUGAGUGUUUGACAAACGGGAUCUCCAGAAAUAGCUCCUCACCUUGUAUUUCAGGAACCACAUUGACUCUCCACGACCCUUCUGUUGCUUCCACAGAAACUAAAUCUAGACAGAGGAGUCACAGUAGUAUUCAGUUCAGCUUCAAAGAAAAAUUAUCAGAAAAAGUCUCAGAGAAAGAAAUAAUUGUUAAGGAAUCAACUAAACAACCAGGAGCAAAACCCAAAGUAAAACUUGCCAGAAAGAAGGAUGAUGACAGGAAAAAAGCUUCGAAUGAAAAACUCAAACAAACCAGUGUAUUCUUUAGUGAUGGUCUGGAUUUAGAGAACUGGUAUAGCUGUGGAGAAGGAGAAAUCUCUGAAAUUGAGAGUGACAUGGGUUCUCCAGGAUCACGGAAAUCUCCCAGCUUCAACAUCCAUCCUCUCUAUCAACAUGUGCUUCUGUAUCUUCAGUUGUAUGAUUCAUCAAGGACCCUGUAUGCUUUCUCUGCUAUCAAAGCCAUCUUGAAAACGAAUCCUGUUGCCUUUGUAAAUGCCAUUUCAACCACUAGUGUAAAUAAUGCGUACACUCCUCAGUUGUCUCUGCUUCAGAAUUUAUUGGCCAGACAUCGGAUUUCUGUUAUGGGCAAAGACUUUUAUAGUCACAUUCCAGUGGACUCUAAUCAUAAUUUCCGGAGUUCUAUGUACAUAGAAAUCCUAAUUUCCCUCUGCUUAUAUUACAUGCGUAGUCAUUACCCAACUCAUGUCAAAGUCACCGCACAAGAUUUAAUAGGCAAUCGAAACAUGCAGAUGAUGAGUAUAGAAAUUUUGACACUCCUCUUUACUGAGCUGGCAAAAGUAAUAGAAAGCUCAGCAAAGGGUUUCCCUAGUUUUAUCUCUGAUAUGUUAUCUAAGUGUAAAGUUCAGAAAGUAAUUCUUCACUGUUUGCUGUCCUCUAUCUUUAGUGCACAGAAAUGGCAUAGUGAAAAAAUGGCAGGUAAGAACAUGGUUGCUGUGGAAGAAGGUUUCUCAGAGGACAGUCUUAUAAAUUUCUCAGAGGAUGAAUUUGACAAUGGUAGCACACUCCAGUCACAACUUCUGAAGGUGCUUCAAAGGCUGAUUGUUCUAGAACACCGGGUAAUGACUACCCCUGAAGAGAAUGAAACAGGUUUUGAUUUUGUUGUAUCUGACCUAGAACACAUCAGUCCUCAUCAGCCCAUUACUUCUCUUCAGUAUUUGCAUGCUCAGCCAAUCACAUGUCAAGGCAUGUUCCUCUGUGCAGUGAUACGGGCUCUUCAUCAACACUGUGCUUGUAAAAUGCACCCACAAUGGAUUGGUUUAAUCACAUCUACUCUGCCUUACAUGGGAAAAGUUCUACAGAGAGUCGUUGUUUCUGUGACACUACAGCUUUGCAGAAAUUUGGAUAACCUAAUUCAGCAGUACAAAUAUGAAACUGCUUUAUCUGAUACUAGGCCUCUGUGGAUGGCAUCAGUUAUUCCACCGGAUAUGAUUCUUACUCUUUUGGAAGGCAUCACAGCUAUUAUCCAUUACUGUUUGUUGGAUCCAACUACCCAGUAUCACCAACUCUUGGUCAACGUAGACCAGAAACACUUGUUUGAAGCACGCAGUGGAAUCCUCUCAAUCCUUCACAUGAUCAUGUCCUCUGUGACGUUGCUCUGGAGUAUACUGCAUCAGGCUGAUUCUUCAGAAAAGAUAGCCGUUGCUGCCUCUGCAUCUGUUACCACUAUUAAUCUUGGAGCCACAAAGAACUUGAGACAGCAGAUCCUUGAAUUAUUGGGGCCCAUCUCAAUGAAUCAUGGUGUUCACUUUAUGGCUGCCAUUGCAUUUGUGUGGAAUGAAAGGAGACAAAACAAAACUACCACCAGGACAAAGGUCAUUCCUGCAGCCAGUGAAGAGCAGCUUUUACUAGUGGAACUGGUUCGUUCAAUUAGCGUCAUGAGAGCAGAAACUGUUAUUCAGACUGUGAAAGAAGUUUUAAAGCAGCCCCCAGCCAUAGCAAAGGACAAGAAACAUCUUUCUUUGGAAGUCUGCAUGCUUCAGUUUUUCUAUGCUUAUAUUCAAAGGAUUCCAGUGCCCAAUUUAGUGGAUAGCUGGGCAUCACUGCUGAUACUUCUGAAAGACUCUAUACAAUUGAGUCUUCCAGCUCCGGGGCAGUUUCUCAUACUGGGGGUUCUCAAUGAGUUUAUUAUGAAAAACCCUAGUUUAGAAAAUAAGAAAGACCAAAGAGAUCUUCAGGAUGUGACACAUAAAAUAGUGGAUGCAAUUGGUGCAAUCGCUGGUUCUUCUUUGGAACAGACAACAUGGCUGCGACGAAAUCUUGAAGUUAAGCCUUCUCCCAAAAUAAUGGUGGAUGGAACCAAUUUGGAAUCUGAUGUGGAAGAUAUUUUAUCACCUGCAAUGGAAACCUCAAACAUAACUCCCUCUGUAUAUAGUGUUCAUGCAUUGACAUUACUCUCUGAGGUUUUGGCUCAUCUUUUGGAUAUGGUUUUCUAUAGCGAUGAAAAGGAACGGGUUAUUCCAUUACUUGUAAAUAUUAUGCAUUAUGUUGUGCCCUACCUCCGAAAUCACAGUGCACAUAACGCCCCUAGUUAUCGAGCCUGUGUCCAGCUGCUUAGCAGUCUUAGUGGGUACCAGUACACACGGAGAGCUUGGAAAAAAGAAGCCUUUGACCUCUUUAUGGAUCCCAGUUUCUUUCAGAUGGAUGCCUCUUGUGUUAAUCAUUGGAGAGCAAUUAUGGACAACUUAAUGACACAUGAUAAAACAACAUUUAGAGAUUUGAUGACUCGGGUGGCUGUGGCUCAAAGCAGUUCACUCAAUCUCUUUGCAAACCGUGAUGCGGAGCUAGAACAGAGAGCCAUGCUUCUCAAAAGAUUAGCUUUUGCUAUUUUUAGCAGUGAAAUUGACCAGUACCAGAAAUACCUUCCAGAUAUACAAGAGAGAUUGGUUGAGAGUCUCCGUUUGCCCCAGGUGCCAACUCUUCACUCUCAAGUGUUCCUGUUUUUCAGAGUGUUACUUUUAAGAAUGUCUCCACAACAUCUUACCUCACUCUGGCCUACCAUGAUUACAGAACUUGUACAGGUAUUUUUACUGAUGGAACAGGAACUCACUGCUGAUGAAGAUAUUUCACGGACUUCUGGCCCCUCUGUGGCUGGUCUGGAGACAACCUAUACAGGAGGCAAUGGCUUUUCAACUUCAUACAACAGCCAGCGGUGGUUAAACCUCUAUCUCUCUGCUUGCAAAUUUUUGGAUUUGGCUCUGGCUUUGCCCUCCGAAAAUCUUCCUCAGUUUCAGAUGUACCGAUGGGCCUUUAUUCCAGAAGCCUCAGAUGAUUCAGGUUUGGAAGUCAGAAGGCAGGGAAUACAUCAACGAGAAUUUAAACCUUAUGUGGUACGACUAGCAAAACUUCUUCGGAAAAGGGCAAAGGACAAGGAGGAGGACUUUAAGACAGUGAUUUUGGAGGGAUUGGAGAUGGCCAAGCAUCAGAAAAAUCCAGAGGAAGACAACUCAGGGAGAACGUUGGGUUGGGAGCCGGGGCACUUGCUGCUCACCAUCUGCACAGUGCGCAGUAUUGAGCAGCUCCUGCCGUUCUUCAAUGUACUCAGCCAAGUCUUCAACAGCAAAGUCACAAGCCGAUGUGCAGGACACUCAGGGAGUCCCGUCUUCUACUCAAACGCCUUCCCUAACAAGGACAUGAAACUGGAGAACCACAAACCAUCUUCUAGCAAAGCCAGGCAAAAAAUAGAAGAAAUGAGCAGUAAAAAUACCUGAAGCCUGGGCCAUGCAUCCUUACAAGUGUAGCACUAUCAUCUCAACCUCUCAAUACAGAGUAGAGAUGUACCACCUCCAUAUUUAUGCCCGUGAAGUCCUGGUGAUCUUAAUCAAAUAGUAACAAAUCUCAGGCCUUUAAAUAAACGGAAGACAGGUCAAAUUCUUCUAAGGAGGGACCAGUCCUUGGAGGAGGACAUCGUGCUUCGUAAAGCAGAGGGUCAGUGAGAAAAAGGAAGACCCUCAAGGAGAUGGACUGACACAGUGGCUGCAACAAUGGGUUCAAGCAUAACAACAAUCGUGAGGAUGGCACAGGACCAGGCAGUGUCUCAUUCUAUUGUACAUAGGGUUGCUAUGAGUCGGAACUAACUCCAUAGCACCUAACAACAAUAAAGCCAGCCUGAAAGCUAUUUACAAAACAACAAACCAUCUCACAUCACAAAGCUUAUUAUAAUAAUAAAAAUAAUCUUUCAGAUGAUGAGGUUUUCUGUUUAGGUUUGAGGCUCUGGGGAGUGAUGGUAGAACUCAUUAAAGUGUCAGUUAUGAAAAAACUAAAACUUCAUAAAGUCUCAAAUCAUAAAACUUUGCCAGUAUAAGAAAAAGAGUAUCUUCAGCCUCCAAAACCAAUGCCCAGUGUUGAAAUGACUGAAAUUAACCAAGUCUUUUUGUAUUUCCUAGCUAUAAACAUAAGAAACUUACCAUAAAUUGUGCCUUUUAGACAUGCACAUGACUGUCUGAUAUGGAACUAUUUCACUAGUAAAUCUUGUUUUCAAAGGUAACCAAUCACCCCAUCAUACCUCCAGUAGAAGCUCUUUAAGAAAACUGCUAAUUAACGUUGCUAUUUUGUCUCCAUCUAUGAGAUGAAAGUCACCCUCCGCAUCUUGGUAGUAAUAAACGAUUCUGUCUGCAUCUCCAUCAAAGGAACAGCAUCUUUCAUUGGACUUCAUUUCCAUUCCUAGCAUGCAGAAUAAUUUAAAAUCUCAUUUCAGUCAAUUUAAUAAGUUUUCCUCUCACACUAGUUACUAGGAAAAAUUUUUCAAUAAAGUAGGAAUAUAACUGCCCUUAUGUGUUGCAGAUAGCAUGUCCGCACUUUUUCCAUGACAUAUUUAAAAUUAUCCUUCCACAUAAAAACCAACGUCUUAAUCUUUAAAUUUUGUACAGAUUUAUUGGUGGUUUUACAGGCCAAAUUCUUUUACAGCAAACUGAAAAAGGAACAUUCAAAAUCUAUUUAUGCCAAAACUUGCUAUAAUACUAAGAUAAAAAUUCCAUUUUACAAGCCAGUUGGUUAAGACAGGUUUCCUGUACCGUUUUGAAAGCUACAGGUACUAUCAUAAUGCAGUUUACCUAGUAGUGUCAUAUCCUUUACAUACGUAUUUAAAAAAAAAAAAAAACCCAUUGCUGUCGAGUCAAUUCUAAUAGAACCCUAUAGGACAGAGUAGAACUACCACAUAGGGUUUCCGAGGAGUGCCUUGUGGAUCUGAACUGCUGACCUUUUGGUUUGCAGUCGAACACUUAACCACUGUGCCACCAAGGCUCCAAUAUGUAUAUAUAAGAAUAUAUUUUAAUUAGCAAUAGGUGAGGUGUGUGCUUUACUUCUAAUAGAAUUUAUUUGUUCACAGCAUAAAUAAUAAGAACAUUGAUAAUUAUGAACAAAAAAUUGUAACCUGUGAGUUUAUAAUUUGCAUAAAGUUAUCAAAGCUUCAAGUACUGUCACAUCAAAUUUUUAAAGAAAGUUCUGCUGUUUCUUAGCUGUAAUAGCAGCAGAGUAACAAAUACAGCAUGAGGCAACUAAGAAGUGAGGUUUUUUUCCUGGGAUACGAAUAUAAGGUUGACAAUAGGACACAAUGCGCAAGCUUCCAGAAAGCAGAGAACCCAUGGGUUUUGUUUUGUUUGUAUCUCUAGUGCCUAGAGCAGUAGAGAUAAGAGCUCAAAUAUUUAGUGAGUGGAUAAAUGGGCAACACAGAAGUGAACUGUCAGUAAAGUAAAUAAGAAAACAAGCAAUUCAAUGAAAAGGAGCUCAAACUGGUUGAUUAAAACUAGUUUAAUGGAAAGUUAAAAAUGUAAAUGCUCCUCAAGUGAAUCUGAAAUAACAUAACUGAGUGAGGCAAUUGGAUGAAGUCUGUACAGUUCUGGAGAAAGCACGUCCUGUUCCUGCUUCAAGGGGGCGGCAGCUACUCAACUGCAGCGGACUACUGCCAUUGAAAAAAAACCCUUGGAUUCCAACUCACAGUGAUCCUAUAGGACAGAGUAGAAGUGCCCCUACAGGGUUUCCAAGGAGGAGCUGGUGGAUUCAAACUGCCGGCCUUUUGGUUAGCAGCCAAGCUCUUAACCACUGUGCCACCAGUGCUCUACUACCAUUAAGGAUGGCCAUGUGUGCCUUUAGUAAAGAGAAACUAGAGUCUGAUAUUUAAGUGAAAUCAUGAAAUUUUUAAAUGGGGCAGCAAAUGCAAUUAAACACGCACACACAGAGCAGACCAAACAACAUACAUUUCCAAGCUGAUUUGACCAACAGGCUGCCGAUUUAGGGUCUAUAAUGCAGACAAAUCUAGAACACUACAAUCCAGAGCUACACUCUGAUCGAAGUUUUCCUCCUAAUACGCCCACUGUGGAAAACACUGCUUUUGCAGAUAAUCAUAACCAAAACAGAGUUGCAGUCACCAUCCACAGCGUCUCUAAUUCAGAUAAAAAGUCAAAGACAAUAACACUUAACUACUAUCGUUUAGAUCAGUGGUUCGCUAAGUGUGGUCCCCAAACCAGUACAAUAAACAAAGCCUAGAGACUUGUUAAAAAUGCAAUGUAUCGAGCCCCAUCCUAGACCUACAGAAUCAGAAAUCCUGAGAUGGAGCUCAGCAAUCUGUGUUGACAAGCUCUCAAGGUGAUUCUGAUGCAUGUUAAAGUUUGAGGACCAUAGCUCUGGAUUACUGUUUCCUAGUUUUGCUUUUCUCAUCGAUAUUCCGUACACACUGACUUCACAGCUGGAGAAAGUAGGCCAUAUUUUCAACGUCACUGUAGAGUGAGAAAAUUCCUAGAUGUCUAAAAGAGGCAGAGCCAAGACUAGUUACACGACUUUACUUACUUCGUUGCCUCCUUUUGUAAACGAAAUGGACUUCAGAGAGCUUUUAAAACAAAAUUGUACAGUUCUUGUAUUACAUACCCUCAGGAGGUUUCUGAUGACUUUUCACAAAAUCAGCCCCACAUAAAUGAUUGAGUUUCCCUUUGGUUCCAUCAUUAAAUAGGUGAACUGACAGCCCCUGUGAGAAGUAGUGUUCCAUUUCUCUUAGCUUCAGGGCCCCUAUACCAUUUGCACAGUCGACCUUAAGUGUUCUAUAUUCAUCUCCACAGCAGGAAGCCUUCAAAGGAAAAAGACAGACAACAUGGAAGAAACAUUUCAAGUUAUAAAAAUAAAAGUGAACUGUGUGUUUAUAUAUAUAAACACACACACAUUUAUAUAUAUCUAUAUAUGUAUACCAAAUGGCUGAUUUAUUGGAAGUAGAUUACCUUAACUGACUGCAUCACCCAUGUCAUGUAUAGGGUUCCUUUAACAACAUCUGAACAUAUGUACUUGCUUGUUUCUUGGGUUAAAACACAUGAGUUAACUAAAAUAAUGUUUAUAUAAACAACUCAAAUACUCAUCAAUGGAUGAAUGGAUAAAACUGUGAUAUAUGCAUGCAAUGGAAUAUUACUCAGCCCUGAAAAGGAACAAAGUACUGAUACAUGCUACAAUGUCCAUGAACCUUGAAAGCAAUAUGCUAAGUGAAAGAAGCCAGACACAAAAAAUCACACAUUAUAUAAUUCCUUUUAUAUGAUAUACAGAUAGGCAAAUUCAGAGAGACAGUAAGCAGGUUCGAGGUUACCAGGAGUUGGCGGAGGAGGAAUCAGGAAUGAUUACUUAAUGGGUCUAGGGUAUUUUUAUAGGGUGAUAAAAUUUCUGCAACCAGAGAGUGGGUAGUUGUGUAAUACUGUGAAUACACUAAAUACAACUGAACUAUACAGUUUAAAAUGGUACAUUUUAAAUGUAUAACUUAAAACAGCUUUAUUUGUUUAUGUGAACUUCACUUCGAUUAAACAUAUAUAUGUGUGUGUAUAUAUAUAUAUAUACACAUGUAUAUAAAUAAAACUUUUCAACUGAUCUGUGUUAACUUAUUCAUUUAUUUAACCUCUAACCAUGUUUAAGAGAUUUUCACCUGUUUGGUAAGUUCCAUAAAAGCCUUAGAGAGUUUCUGGUAGUAACCUUCUAUAGUUGCCUUUCCAUAUUGGCCACUAGUAUUUCGACAGUAUACCAUGUAGUGCAGCUGGGGUGUGGUUAACAGGCCAUAAUCUGUCACAAAAAUACAAAAAGAAAUUUUAUCACACUUAAUAAAGAAAAAAUAAGUGGAUUCAUUUUAUAGGAAUUUCAGAGUGAUAAGUCCUUUUUAAAGAAAGACAUUUCAUAAAACGUGAAAAUGAUCAUUUCCAAGCUAUCCAGAUGCACAAAUAUCCACUGAAAUCACUGUAACUGCAUGUCACAUACUGAAUUCUUAAAAAAUAAUAAUUAUUAUUUGUAGUAAAAAACCAAUCAGUGGAGCCAAGAUGGAGGCUUAGUCAGAUGUACCAUAGUGACCCUCUACAGCAAACAUCCAAGAAGUCAAGUGAAACACAUGUAGAUAACAAUCCUGAACCCUGAACAUCAAAAAGGAAAGAUAAAUAAGUGAAUCGAACACAGACUGUAAGAAAAAAGUUGAAUGAAUGCAGUGAACGAGGAGUAACACAGAGCAGAGUGGCUCUGCCAGUUGGUCAAGCUCAACAUGCCCAUCUUGAGACAAAGCCAGUAACAACCCCACGUAAGGAGCACAGGAAAAUAAUUUCAUGACAUUCCCAUACAAGACAGAGAAACUGUACAGACACACCCAGAGAGAAGGUAAGCAGCUCAUGAUCUGGAUAUAAGGAAGGAAAACAAAGACAGACAAAAAUUCCAGGGAUCCUGCCAUCCACAGAGUAGGGAGACAGGAUCCAGAGUCAGCUACACUCAUGAGCUGAGGUCCCAGAUCUCUGUGGUUAAGUGGCACAUAAAAGGCAGUAGAUCCAGAGUAUCGGAGGGGAUUCGCAUUUGACUUAUUCCAGGCACCCCUCCCUUCUUGCACUUGAUUGGGGGCAGGUCCUGAUAGUUGGCUGGAGCAGACAGGAGUGCCAGGGCAGGAGGUCCCUUACCCUAGCCACCCCACCCCGCCAGAGGCCAUAAGACCCCCUCCCCUAGCUCCAUCUACUACCCCUCUCUGCCCACUUGAUGAGCAACAGUAAGCACAAUCCUGCCCACCCAUCCACCUGCCACCCACUUCCCCACCCCAUCUCGGAGAGGGGUGGCAACCUCAUGAUCACAGAUGGAACCACCCACCACACACUGGCACCCCCAACCCUGCAAGUGGCAAGGACAUCACAUCCACGUGCUAACCCACUUGCCAUCAAGCCCCCCACGAUGAAUGGCAAUGACUGUGUCCCCCGCUCCAGCACCACACCUGGCGUCCCACCUACUUGGUAAGUGCUACUACUCCUGAGCCAUUGGAUCAGCGAAAGAAGGUCUGCCCUCAGCUCCCCCCAACAUGACCAGCAAACAGAGGCCCACAUCCACACUCCCAGUUGCUAUCCCACCCACCCAGAGACAGGGUUACCACCCUAGUACCACCAAACUAGUUAACAGGUUAUUGUGCCCCCCCCAUCUGCUCAGAUAGAACAAAACAAAGAACAAGGAUGAAGCAAACAAACAUACAGUGAAUAAAUAAAUAUGAAUAAAAACAAUAACCUUAAUUCCUCGGAGACAACAGACAAUAUUAACUCAUGUAAAGAAGCAAGCCAAGAUGGCUCGACCAAGUAACCAAAAUAAAGGACCAGAAAACCUUCCUGAGGAAGAAACAGUAAUGGAGCUACCUGAUAAAAAGACAUAUAUUUAAGAUCCUCUAGGAAAACACAGACAGAACCAGGGAACACGUAAGACAAAACUCUAGAAUUCAAGAAAAUGAUACAAGCACAAAAUGACAAAAUAAACAACUAGAAACCAUAGAAAAACACCAACUAGAAAUCCAGAAGAUUAACAAUAAAAUUUCAGAAACUCAGUGGAAGGAUAUAGGAGUAGAACUGAAUCAAUGAAAGACAGGACCAGUGAAAUAUAGGACAAAUUCCCUGAUACUAAUUUGUUUGAGGAACAUUCAAAAAAAGAAUGAAGAAAGCCUAAGAGUUAUGUGGGACAUUAUCAAGAGGAAUAACUUAUAUGUGAUAGGAAUUCCAGAAUAAGAGGAGAAAGAAAAAAAAAAGGCAGAGAGAAAAUCUGUGAAGACUUGCUAGCAAAAAAACUUCCCUAAUAUGAGAUAUUAGAAAAAAAAAAAAAAUUUUUUUUCUAAUAUGAAAGAUGAGAAGAUAUCCAUCCAAAAAGCUCAAUGUAUCCCAUACUGACUAGACCCCAAAAGAAAGUCACCAAGACAUAUCAAAAUCAAACUUUUCAAAAGCAAAGACAAAGUAUCCUAAAAACAGCUGAGGAAAAACAAACUGUCACCUACAAAGGAGAAUCAAUAAGACUAAACUCUGAUUUCUUGGCAGAAAUCAUAUUGGCAAGGAGGCAAUGGGAUGACAUAUACAAAACUCUGAAAGAAAAAAAUGCCAAACAAGAAUUAUAUAUCCAGCAAAACUGUCUCUCAAAUACAAUGGCGAAACCAGGACAUUUACAGAUUAACAGAAAUUAAGGGAAUUUGUAAAAAUCAGACCAGCCUUACAAGAAAUAUAAAAGGGAGUCCUUAGGACAGAGAAACAUCACCACCAGAUAACAACCUGAGAUUAGGACACAUGACAGCAUAUCCAGCUACCAACCAAGAUAAAUAAAAUAAAUCCACAAGACUGAAAAAAGGGAACCGAAGACAUAAAUCCAUAAACAACAGCUUCAAAAUAAAGAGAGAAUAAAUGGUGCAGGUGUAAACUUCCACAUGGAGAAGAAAUCAAGGUGAUUUCAAGAUAAAAUAGACUGUUUAAACUUAGGAAGAUAAAAGUAAAUUUCAAGGUAACCACAAAGAAAAUCAAUAAACCUAUUCACCAAAAUAAAAAAGGAAAAAACCAUAAAGACUCAAUAAACACAAAAUCAACAACGAAGUAAAUGAAAAGCAAAUCUAUAAACAAAAGGAACUCAGUACACAAAAGUAAGCAGAACAAAGAAACCAUCAACAACACGAAAAAAAAAAAAGCACAACAAAAUGACAGCAAUUAAUUCAUUCCUAUCAAUAAUCACACUAAAUAUAAACAGGUUAAAUCCACCAGUCAGGAGAAAUAAGAGUAACCAAAUGUAUUAAAAAAAAAAAAAAAAAAGAC